UCCCCCUCCCAGUGGUUCUCGGCAGUCUCAGCUGGGCGGAUCAUAAUCGGUCUCGGCAACAGGGAGAGAUUUUGCCGAUCAUUUUCACUUCAACCCUGCUGCCUCCCGUGACACUUCGUCUCCAUACAAGUGAUAUUUUAUUGUUUUAUCAAUUUUACUUCUAAAAUUUUAGCUAUAGAUAAGAUUCCAUACAGUAGAAUUCAUAUUAGUAAUGGAGUCGACUAACGACUAUGAUGUCGUGAGAAAUAUGACGUUACUUUUUUUUCUGGAACGAUUGUUGGAACGGGGGCAGCCGAGGUCACUUCACGAUUUGAGCUGUCAAUUUGGCUCAAAAGGUUUUACAAAAACAAUGAGGCAAAUUGCUGGGGGUUCACAAUCAGGGUUGAAAAAGUUCCUUUCCCAGUAUCCAUCUGUUUUUACUGUUGACGGAGAUUUUGUCACAGCAGCUGUUUUGACUGGUCCUGAUUCUAACCGAAAUCAGAAAAGUACAAAUGGUAAACGUGACUAUGAGCAAGAGGCUGUAGAAUAUUUCCACAACAAAAUGCAACAAUAUGGAGCUGGCAUUGAAGUUCCUCUAAGGAGCCUUUUGGGUCAUCGGUCACAAGCUUCUCCUGAGAUUCGUCACAUAACUGGACAGCAUAUUCGAGAGUUUAGAGACUUCUUGGAAAGGCAUCCUGAAGUGUUUAUCAUGCAUGAUGAAUCUAUCUUCUUGAAAGAAUAUGAAGGCAUGGAGAUCAAACCUUUUAAGGAACUUGAGCAGCCGAAGCUGGACCCAGAGCUAACCAAUAAGUUCUUGGUUUACUUCAGGAUGUUUGUGGAGAGGAAUGGACCAAAGCAUGUUGAAGAAUUGCUGGAAGCUGUUACCAAGAGCUAUCCUAGAGAAUCAUGGGUCAACCUUUUUAGCACAAGCCAUGACCUGACAACAUUCUUCAAGCUGCAUUCCAACAUUUUCCAUGUCCAAGCAAACAUUGUUGAUAUCAUUCCCUACAACCUCCGGAAAGCAGCGGAAACCAAUGAGGCGCCACUCACCAACAGGGCUCAAGAACCAUGUUCACUGUCUCCUCCAUCUUCACUGCAAUCUUCCCAUGAAAAACAGAGUCUCAAGCAACGCGUCAAUUCAAUUGUAAUGAAAACUUUAGCAGAAAAUACAGGCCGUGAUAGGGCUCCUGCUGGGCACGAAUCUCCUACGAAAGAAGUAUCAUCACCGUCCAAAAUGCGGGUCCUGCAGUCAACACGGGUCAUCAGUUCAACCAAAGAAAGUGUUGCAGUUGUAAACGAUAUACUUGGUUCCCAAAAAGUCGUCUCUUUAGACCUAGAAGGUGUCAAUGUCGGCGGCGGCAACGGAGAAGUAACACUUGCUGUGAUUGGACUUCCUUCUGGUCUCAUAUACAUUUUUGAUUUGAUUACUUGCCCGGCAAUCAUGAGUCACGGAAUGCUUGCCAGCUUGAUCAUGUCCAAGGAGGUUGUUAAGGUCUGCCAUGAUUGCAAAAAUGAUAGUGCUGCCUUAAAUUUGGGUUGGAAUGUCAAAUUGGAAAAUGUAUUCGACACACAGGCAGCCCAUGCUGUUAUCCAGCUGCAAGAGACGGGCCGGGCUGUACAUAAAGUUAAGACAACCAGCUUGAACGCCAUGUGUGAAAAUUACGAUUUACCCACUAAUCCAUUCAAAGAGCUGGUGAAGACCAUCUAUAAACGAGACCAGCGAUUUUGGGCCCGAAGACCGCUGACCAGAGACAUGAUUUUGUACGCAGCGUACGAUGUGAUGCCACUAGUUCCGCACCUGUACGACUUGCUCAACACCGCUGUGAAGCCUGAAUUCCGCCCGCUGUUGGAGGAAUUGUGUGCCGAAAACUUGCUUGCAUUAUUGCAACCUGAUGAAGUCAAAAGAAGCAAAAAGGAACGCAAAAUGGACAUGGAAGUCUUGGAGUUGCGUCAAAGAUUAGCUGCUGUACAGGGCAAAGGAAUUGUGCUUAGCAACCGAGAGAUCCGACUAUUGAGGCAUCUGGAUUUGACUGAAGAUGAACGAGAGAAACUUGAUGGUUCUUACAAAGUAGCCAAAAAGCUUGAAAAGCUUCAAUCUAAAAAGCAGGAUCAACAGCAAAACUCGCUCGGGAGUACCAAUGACGAAGUUAACUACUGCAACCAAUCACCUAAUGCCGAUGGUGAAUCCCGAAGCCUUGAUUCGCAAGGCAGCAGUGAAAAGACAUCGCCUGAAACGUCGCUCAUUGGUUCAAAUGGCUGUCCUUUAUCGCCCUCCAGCUCGGUACGGUCACCUUAUUCGAGCUUGAGUUUGACCGCAUCAAUGCAGCUAGUAGAUGAGAUUCUAUCGGAUCAACGCAUCGAAAAAAUGGACAAAAUCGAACGACUUGAAGCCAUCCUCUCGGCAGCCACCGCUAGCAGUCCUUCGUCCAUUACACUGUCUUCUAGUGAACUAAGUAGCAGCUGUUGCAACUGUGAUUGCCAUAGCACUACCAAGUACGUUUUGCAGCGCGAUUCCCUUCCUGGCAGAUACAUAACAGAAGUCGGCUGUCAAACUCUUUCCACCGGUGAUAUAGUUAUCACCAAAGUCUAUUUCCCUGAGGGUGACACUUCUGCCUCAGAAAUUUGCCUAACACCUUCGCCCAAAAAAACGAAGCCUACCCAGUUUCAGUAGAAUUCCGAUCAUUUAUCAAUUUUUUUAGUCUGCAACUCUUGAUUCAUUUCCUUAAUAUUUAUAGAAUUCUGUUGAUUUAUCUAUUAGAGUAACGAAGUAGCAUAAAAGCUCUAUAGAUACAAGAUAAUACUGCCUUAGUGUAUGAAUGACACGGUUGCUUGAACUCUUGUGAUGAAUUAUGGUUUUGUAAUCAUUUGACAAGGCCUUACUAUGGAAACUAACUAGACUUUUUCCUAUGGAACAUUUCACCUUUGACUUUGACUUCUUUGUACUAGAGGAAACAAUUUAAUUCUUCCGUGCAUUGCACAUCUUUUACCACAAAAGGAACUAAUCACAUGAUGUAAUUAUUUUGUUGUCACUAGUGCUUUUUUAUGCUUAUGGGAAUUCCUGAGCCAUGUACAUUAUAUUGUGUUGUCUUGCAGGUCUGACAAACUUCAUUAAAUGGAAGUUGUUAAGAAAUGGAGCUAUGAAAUCUCACUAACAAUUUUAGCUAUCCUCAAACAUUUUUCAGGUAUUGAGGAAUGUGUAUUUUGAGGAAAGUGCAAUCAGUCAAUACAAAAAUGGAAAAGAG